AUGCCUCCCCAUGUGGACGUAGUCAUAGUCUUCUGUGCCAUCCGGAAAAAGGCAGCCAGCUUUUCUAAAGAACAAGUGCGCCAGAAUGCUGUCAAGGCAGAAAAGCAGUAUUCUAAACUCAUUAAUACGCUCACACGAGCUGGCCUUAAAGCUGUAGGGAGGCGUGGAGAGAGCCAGGGCCAAUUACUCGUAAUGGUGACUUGCCCGCAAAAUGUGCUUGCGAAACUCAUUCAUUGUGAACGACAUUCGGACUUCUUAUAUGGUCUUCCAAUGUCCAAGUUGCCGUCCACGAGCGACUUUGAAUCGGCCCCACUAUCCCCCGCCGACCGUAUUCGUUUGAUCCUCGGAUUCAUUUCCUCUACUCCCGAAGAUGGAGGUUUGGGUAUCAUUCCAGGGCGAAAAGAGUGGGAUCUCGUGGAGUCUGUAAUGGCACUUCACGAUCAUGACUUCAAUGAUCACUGGAUACGCCUAUGGACACGGCAUCGAAUAGCGAGCGUGGAGCUUGAAAAGAUUCGAGACCAGUUUGGAGAUUCCGUUGCGCUUUAUUUUUUUUUCCUCACAGCAUACACGCAGGCUUUGAUAUUUCCGGCAGCACUUGGCACUAUCUAUUAUCUCUGGGGGAAACCCUACUCUGCUUCUUACUCCACUCUACUCUUGUUGUGGUCAAUCGCGUUCGUCGAAUGGUGGAGACUCCAAGAGCGCAUCCUAUCAAUUAGAUGGUGCAUUCGUGGCUCGUGGCGCGUGGAAAAGCGGAGGGCUGAUUAUCUCCCGAGCUUCCCCUGGUGGAAGCAGGAGAUGCGCAUGAUGGCUGGCCUACCAGUCAUACUACUCUUUGCGACUAUCCUUGCAGUUAUGUUGACAGGCAUAUUCGUCCUGGAAGCUUUUGUGACGCAGCUUUACAAGGGUCCCGGCCACACAUAUGUGGCUUUUGCUCCAACGAUACUUUUCUCACUCCUUGUUCCUCGGUUACUUGCAAUGUACCAGAAACUCGCCACGAACUUCACGGAUUGGGAAAAUCACAAGCAUCAAUCGAGUCAUAGCUCAUCUCUUUCAUUGAAGGUCUUUACACUCUCGGCGAUGAAUGCUUAUCUUGGCAUUGCGCUGUCCGCAUUCGUCUACGUCCCUUUCGGCGAAAGUGUCAUGAACUUUGUCCAGUCCUACUUGUUCACAGGUGGUCAUCGUGCGUUGGCCUUACUGGAGAAAUAUAAUGUCAGUUUCAACGCCACCUCUAAUUUCGGUGCUAGAGGAGCCGGUGGAAAGAAAAUCAGUGCGGCCGGACUCAAUUUAUGGGAGUCGGAUAGGAAAAGCGCGCGACGCAUGUUGAAUUCAUCGAGGCUUCAGGACCAGAUGUUCGCUUUUUCGGUCACAAACCAAGCCGUGGAUACCUUCACAGCUAUUGGCUUGCCAUACAUCCUCCGUGCGGUGGAGUCAUUCCGUAAUGGGAAAGGUUUUCGGAAUGGCAAUGGGAAGGGACAUGGGAAGAAAAAGCGGGUGGCGUUUGAUGAUGAACCUGUGGGGCAUGAUGCACACGGCAGAGAGGAGCGUGAAUUCCUCGAGCGUGUUCGGAGCGAAGUGGUGCUGCCAGAGUAUGAUGUGUUCACGGACUACAGCGAGAUGGUGACACAGUUUGGCUACGUCGCUCUUUGGUCAACAAUAUGGCCACUUGCACCGGCGAUGGCACUCUUCAACAACUACAUUGAAGCGCGCUCUGAUGCGUUUAAAAUCGCGGUGCACACCCGACGACCGACGCCUGUUCGAACGGAUACGAUAGGGCCGUGGCUCGAGUCUCUAUCAUUUUUAACAUGGUUGUCGGCUCUCACGAACUCUGCGCUGGUAUACCUCUUCCGUCCCCCUGAUCAACAAGAGAAUGAGCUGGGGACAAUGGUGGCUGCGAAUGCGACUGAUGAGUCGCAGCAUCUGAACCAUCACCCACUUCCUAGUCUUGCUGCAACCCGGGAACUUUUGAUGUCCGCUCUGUUGAUCGCGUUGUUUGCAUCCCAUGGCUAUCUCGUAAUGCGUGCCGCCGUCCGACAUGUCUUGAAACAUGCCAUAUGGACAGGAAGUAAGGAGAUGAAGGAGGCAGAACACGUGGAGCGGGAGAUGAAGGAAAAAUACCUGAGUAGCCUUGGGCAGUGCACGCCUGAUGAAAAUGUGAUGUUGGAAGCGACGGACGAGAAGGAUGAGUGGGCCACCUUCUGGACAAUAGACGAGGGAAAGGAUGAUAUAGGGAAGAUGCUGAAAGAUCUUUGA